UGGUUUCGUACAACAAUGCCGAUACGCUGGUUAAUGAUUUUUUUUGUCCUGACAAUUUUUAUUCUGAUAGAUAGCGAUGGAUUACCGGCAAAUUAUACAGAAACCCAACAGAGAGCAGAGGGUGAUAGCGCGGAUAACGUUAAUUAUCCAAACGAAGACUCUAUUUCAUUAUCUGAUGGCAGUGAUUCUGGAGUAUCAACAGACUCUCAAAGAAUUUCAACUUGUUCGAAUCAUCAGGAGACGACUGGCCAUCGGCGUAAUGGAAAUAAAGAAAUGUCUGCUGAGAAGAAUUAUCAGGACUUAAUCACUGCUUUGUCAAAGAUCGCUAAAAUCAAAUCUUCUAAGGAAGAUCCUGUCACUGAACGAUGUUCAAUGGAAAAUGUAUACAAUGCGCAAAAGAAAUCUACGUAUUUGCAAAGCAGAAUUUUUGCAAAAAAUACCGGAGGACCGAUAUCUCUUGAUACGAAAUUAGUUUCCGAGGGCAUUUUCAACAAUGCACCGAAUGAUGCAACUCAGCGAGGAAACUUUCACUGUCGUGCCAUACAAGACAUUUACAUACCAGAAAUAAAAGAGAAGAUUCCUUCGUAUGCGUGUACAUUUGGAGACAAUACAUUUAUUCUCUCGAGUAAAAGAUUUUUUCAAGAUCGUAGGAGUAGCUUACACGUUAACAUCGACAACGAUACGCUUCGUAAAUUAAACAGCUCUACCACAUCUUCCACAAAUAGCCAGUUCCACAUUAUUCCGGCUGUUUUAGUUUUAAAACCCUGGCACGAAAACUAUGAUAUACGUAAUCCACAAAACUUUACAGGAUUUAAUAAGAACAUUUGGUGAAUGAUUGUAAUCUCCUUUAUCUUAUAAUAUACCAGUGUAAUUAAUGAUAACAAGGUUUAUGAAAUAAUCAAGAAUUAAUCAAUUAAUGAAGCAGGCAAACUAUAAGAUAUAUAAUAUUUAAGAACAUGAUUGUAAUCGACCGUUACAAUUGAAUAAAAAUUUUGUACCAUUAAAUAAAAUUUAUUUUAUGUCAUUUUUUCGUGAUAUUUAUAUUAAUUUUUUAUAAUAUUGUAUUUACGAUAUUAUUUACAUAUACAUAUAUGCAUACAAUUUGUUUUUAUAUUUUAUAAAUAAUUUUGAUGCGCGCGCAAAAAGAUGACAUAUAUGAAUUUUUAUUCAUUAUUGUGAAUAAUUGCAAUAACGAUUUUAUUAGAAAUACUUCUAAAAUAACUUUACACGCACGAAGUUUGUAUAAUAUAAUUUAUAAUACAAUACGUAAACAAACUUUACAAGCUUGAAAGCAAUUAAAAAAAUCUUAAUAUCCAUUAAAUAUAAUAUCCAUGAAAUAUUUUUUACGAUAGCAUAAACUCGUCGUAAAUAAUUUAAAUUAAAAUCAUAAAAAGAAUUCAUAAAUCACAAAAAAAUGCUUUUUUUCUUUAAGUAUGACUUCCACUGACUUCCACUGAUUCGUGAUUUGCUUUACGAUAUGCAAGGUGUUUAUAAUCAAUUAUAUUUUUCUUUGAUUAUAAAUUUCUUUAACGAAUAUAGAUUUUUUAUGACAAUGUUUGUAGGAAGUUUAAUUACAGUGCGAUUAUAUCGAAAAGUAGA